GUGGACGUGGCAUACCGCUGCAGCAGUUCCGCUGAAUGUCGGAUUCUUAUUCCAAGAAGGGAUUAGGGAGAAACACCCCUAGACGACAUCGAUUUUCUGACCCCGUCGCUUGCCGAGUUUACAAUUUACGAAGAGCCAAGUGACGCCUUACCAUUCACAACACUUUGGAGAUUUAGGGAUGAAAUAAAGAUGAAUGUAAACCAGCACACUCCAAUGGCCUCUCCCUACGGCCAGCCUCAGUCCAGCUAUGGGCAGCCCACCUUUACCCAUCUGGAUGGGGGCUACCCUGCACCCUACGCACCUUAUAAUGGCCCCAUGUCGGCCUAUCAGCCUGGAGCUCCACCACAAGGUUAUUCAUCUUUCACCACCUUUCCCUCUAAGGCUACGGCAGCCAACCCAGUCUCUGAGCUCUCCUCUCCUCUUGAUUUAGGUCAUGGCAGGGCUCCACCCACUUCCAGCUCCCCGCCAGUAUCCGCUACUCAAGCGUACAACCAGUAUGGUCACCAUCAGGGGGCCAUGCAGAAUGGACCCCCGCCUUUGACGCAAGUGCCCCCCAGGCCUGCUGCGGUAUCUCAGUCCUACAGCCUGUCAGGGCCGCCCACCUCCUUCCCCCAACACUACGGGCCCCCACCCACAAUGCAGCACGUCACCAAUCAGAUGAGCGGGUUGCAGAUUUCCUCUGGUUCUCCCAGCGCUACCGCGCCUGGAUAUGCACCACCACAAAGCGCCCAGCCGCCUGUCAGCACUUCCUUCUCAGCCCCUCCUCCCUCCUCCUACACGCAAGCGCCGCCCCCCACGUCAUCCCCUCCAACUGAGCAGCCACCCCAGCCCAGUGUGCCUGCUGCUCCUCUGCAAUACUAUGGAGGCCCUCCUCCCUCACAGCAGCCGUUUAAUUCUUCCCUCCCUCCUACCUCUCAACAGCAGUUUGCCUCCCCUGCGCUGCCUUCCCCAUCCACUCAACAGCCGUUUCCUCUUUCCUCCUAUUCUGCUCCUCUGCCAACUCAAGCUCCCUCUCCAUCAGUAUCGCAGCCUCAGCAGCCAUUUCCCCCCUCUCAGCCUGUGUUCUCCUCAGCCCCUCCACCUGUCAGCCAGCCCUCCUUCACCCCCGGCCAGGGCUCCUUCCCUCCAAGAGUGCCCCCUCCCUCCUCUCAACCUGGGUCAUAUCCUCUGCCUGGCCCUCCUCCAACGUCAUCACCCUCUGGCCAGUACCCAGGCCCUAUGCCGCCUCAGCAGCAGCCCGGUCCCUCUCAGCCGCCACCCUUCCCCUCAGGUCCUUUUCCCACCAGACCACAGAUGCCACCCACAUCUAUGCAUCAGAGCAACCACUUGCCUCCAGGACCACAGGGCCUACCAGGCCCUCCUGGACCCAUGCAGCAGCAGCAGCAGCAGCACCCCACACUUCAGCCUGGUAUGCCGGGAGUGUACCCACCCCAACAGAAUGGUGCAUUUGGGCAGGUGAGAGGCCCUCAGCCUGGCUACCCGAGCCCCUAUCCUGGCCAGCCAAACUAUGGCGCUCCUGCACCAGCACCGGCCCCAGCCCCCCCCGGACAGAAAAGACUGGACCCGGACAGCAUUCCUAGCCCGCAAGCAUCUGACAUGCCGGCUGUGCAGAAGUCAAGACAUAGAAUAGAUCCAGACGCUAUUCCCAGCCCCAUCCAAGUCAUAGAAGAUGACAAGGCCAAGAGCACAGAGCCUUUCACCACAGGGGUUAGGGGACAAGCCCCACCGCUGGUCACCACCAACUUUCAAGUCAAAGACCAAGGGAAUGCCAGCCCCAGGUUCAUCCGCUGUACGGCCUACAACAUGCCGUGCACGGCAGACAUGGCUAAGCAGUCUCAGGUCCCCCUGGCGGCCGUCAUCAAGCCACUCGCCACGCUGCCGCCAGAUGAGACACCCCCAUACCUAGUAGACCACGGAGAAGGUGGUCCCGUCCGUUGCAACCGCUGCAAAGCCUACAUGUGUCCAUACAUGCAGUUCAUUGAAGGGGGGCGUCGCUUCCAGUGUGGAUUUUGCUCCUGUGUCACAGAAGUUCCUCUGCAUUAUUUCCAGCAUCUUGACCAUACUGGGAAGAGAGUAGACUUCUAUGACCGACCGGAGCUCUCGCUGGGCAGCUAUGAGUUCCAGGCCACAGUCGACUACUGUAAAAACAACAAGCUUCCUCAGCCUCCAGCCUACAUCUUCGUUAUUGACGUGUCCUACAACGCCGUCAAGAGCGGCAUGGUCAGCAUUGUCUGCCAAGAACUUAAGACUCUCCUGGACCACCUGCCCAGAGAGAACCCAGACGCGGACUCAGUGGUACGGGUGGGCUUUGUCACCUACAACAAGGUCCUGCAUUUCUACAACGUCAAGUCCAGCCUGGCGCAGCCGCAGAUGCUGGUGGUGUCGGACGUGUCGGACAUGUUCGUGCCUCUGCUGGAUGGCUUCCUGGUUAACGUCAAUGAGAGCCGCCUGGUUAUCGAAAGUUUGCUGGACCACAUCCCGGAGAUGUUUGCAGACACCAGAGAGACCGAGACAGUCUUUGGACCUGUUAUACAGGCCGGGCUGGAGGCGCUCAAGGCUGCAGACUGUGCAGGGAAGCUGUUUGUUUUCCACACUUCGUUGCCCAUUGCUGAGGCUCCUGGUAAACUCAAGAACAGGGACGACAAGAAGCUCAUUGGCACUGAUAAGGAAAAGUCUCUGUUUCAGCCGCAAGCAACUUCCUACAACAUGCUGGCUAAGCAGUGCGUGGCUCAAGGCUGCUGCGUGGACCUCUUCCUCUUCCCCAACCAGUACGUGGACGUGGCCACGUUAAGUGUGGUUCCCAUCUCCACUGGAGGCUCAGUCUAUAAGUACACCUACUUCGAGGCUCAGUCGGACCAGGAGAGAUUUCUGAACGACCUCAGACGAGAUGUUCAAAAGCCUGUUGGCUUUGACGCCGUCAUGAGAGUUCGAACCAGCACAGGUAUUCGAGCCACAGACUUCUUUGGCUCGUUCUUCAUGAGCAACACCACUGACGUGGAGCUGGCAGGACUGGACUGCGACAAGGCGGUCACAGUGGAGUUCAAACACGACGACAAGCUUAGCGAGGAGACCGGGGCGCUCGUCCAGUGCGCCGUCCUCUACACCAGCUGCGGUGGACAAAGGCGCCUGCGCAUCCACAACAUGGCGGUCAACUGCUGCUCCCAGCUGGCCGAUGUCUACCGCAACUGUGAGACAGACACCAUCAUCAACUUUCUCUCCAAAUAUGCUUACCGUGGCAUCCUGAACAACUCUACCAAGGCAGUGAGGGACACUCUGGUCAAUCAAUGUGCUCAGAUCCUGGGCUGCUACCGCAAGAACUGUGCAAAUCCCUCAUCAGUUGGUCAGUUGAUCCUCCCUGAGUGCAUGAAGCUUCUGCCAGUCUACUUGAACUGCGUGCUGAAGAGCGACGUGCUGCUGCCUGGCGCUGACGUGUCGCUGGAUGACCGAGCGUACCUCCGGCAGCUCAUCAGCUGCAUGGAUGUGGCCGAGACCCACGUCUUCUUCUACCCUCGACUGCUGCCGCUGAUGAAGCUGGAGAGCGGGUCGUUGCCGAUGGCGGUGAGGGACUCUGAAGAGAGGCUGUCCAAAGGCGGCGUUUACCUGCUGGAGACGGGCCUCCAUCUCUUCCUGUGGGUGGGAGCCAACGCUCAACAAGAGCUGUUGCUAAACAUUUUUGGAACGUCCAGCUUCAGCCAGAUCAACUCCACCAUGACAAGUCUGCCGGUGCUGGACAACCCCUUUUCACAAAGACUCAGAGAGAUUGUGGACUCCUUCAGAGCACAGCGGUCACGAUACAUGAAGUUAAUGGUGGUAAAGCAGGAGGACCGCUCGGAGCUCAUUUUCAGGCACUUCCUGGUGGAGGACAAGAGCGCCAGCGGGGGCGCAUCCUACGUGGACUUCCUGUGUCACAUGCACAAGGAGAUCCGCCAGCUCCUCAGCUAGGUCAACAAAGUCCCGCCUUCCUCCUCUUCCUCUCUCCUUAUUUUUUAACCUAAUAAACUUUAAAGCUCUCCUCGUUGUCAGCUGAGAUCUAGAGCUGUCACAUUUCCUGCUGUGUGUGUGUGUGUGUGUGUGUGUGUGUGAGAGAGAGAGAGAGAGAGAUCAUCUGAUGUUAAUAGAGCUUUACUCUGCCUCAAAUCUACUGUAGUGGGAGAAGGGAGAGAGAUGAUGUAUAUAAAAACAAACACACACAAAAAGAAUGAUGUGUUAUGCAACUGACUGUAUUUACUAGCACUGAAAAGACUUUUUUUUUUUAAUAGAAUCCUCUUAAGAGUUAAAGGAUGUCUAUCUGCUAGCAAGAUAUGAAUGGAAUCAAGUAAAUGCUGUAACACCCCCCCCUUCUUUAAUCAUUGCCUUAGCACCCCCUUGAUGGUGUGUGUACAUGUGUGUGAUUUUCUUUUUAAAAAUUUACAUUUCAGCUACUGUUUUCCUUGCCUGGCAGCAACAGCAAAUGCCCAGAGCAAAUAUGACCACAACAUUAGGUACACCGACACAAGGAGCGUCAUCAGCGCAGGUGGCUUUAGCAGAAAUCAUAGUUAUGCUCAUUUUUUUAGGUUGUUUUUUUUUUUUGCCAAAAUGUAGGAAAGGCCCUUCCCUCACAGGUGUACCUAAUGAAGUGUCCCUUGCUGGGUGGAUCCGUUGAUAGGUCAUAAAUAAGCAGCACAAACAAAACGAUCAGUGAAUGAAUGAGCUGAGCCCUCUGUUUAUAUAUACAUAUAGAUAUAUACAUAAACUAUAUACGAGUACUGUGUACAGAAUGAAUAACCCUUUUAAGUUAAGAGAGCUGAUGAAAUAUAAAUAAAACAAAUCACAGCUUUUACUAAUAA